UGCACGAGGCAGUAUAGAAGUCUGUUGAAACUUAGACUCCAAACAAGAGACGAAUCCUUGUGCUCCUUUACAUCCUGGUUUUCCCGCAUGGUUUUUCACGGGGGAAGGAUAUGCAGAAGGAGUGCGAUAUCUUUAGAAACUUGAACAGAGCUUUGCUGCACCGCAGCGCACACAAACACUGAUCCCUCGCAUAUACAAACUUUCAACCGCUCAUCGACUGUUAUUCGACAACAUUAUUACUGGAUGCGCGGACACUGUGGAAAUCAGCUCAUUGAACUGUAUGAAAAAGCCCCGAAACAGAACUUUCACGCAAAGCCACUGCACUAAAAACGGCUGAGAGCGGGUUUUCCGUGGUUUGGCAGCCGGAACGGCUCUCCUCGGGACAACUGAUAUCACACUGACGGACUGUUGUAGCAAUGGUCCAGAAAACGAGCAGCACGGAGAAUCCCGAAGCAGUGGAGCUGGACUUGGCUUCUUCCACGGCAUCCGGGGGUGACAAGCUUGACCCGGGCUGGUGCAAAACCCCCAGCGGUCACAUCAAGAGACCGAUGAACGCCUUUAUGGUGUGGUCGCAAAUCGAAAGGCGUAAAAUUAUGGAGCAGUCGCCGGACAUGCACAACGCGGAGAUCUCCAAGAGACUCGGCAAGCGCUGGAAGCUCCUGAAAGACAGCGACAAGAUCCCCUUCAUCCGAGAGGCGGAGCGGCUCAGACUCAAGCACAUGGCCGACUACCCCGACUACAAGUACCGGCCGAGGAAAAAGGUCAAGUCGAGCGGCUCCAAGCCGAGCGAGAAGGGAGAGAAGAUCGGCUACGCGAGUGCCGGUGUGUCAAAACCGUCUGCAAAGAAGAGCGGAAGCCCCAGAGCAACGAGCAAGCCGCACAAAAUAGUUAUGGGGAGCGCAAAGACAACAUUUCCCGAGCAGGGACCCGCCGAUCACCACUCUCUGUACAAAUCCAAGUCGGGCUCAGCCUCCAAGCAAAUACCUGACAAGAAGACGAAGCGGGUUUACAUUUUCGGAGGCAGCAGCAGCACAAGCGCGUCUUCAGCAGCUGUACCCGCCAGUCCGACCCUGAGCAGCUCCGCCGAGUCCAGCGACCCGCUGAGCCUGUACGAGGACGGCGCGACGAGCGGGAAAGAGGGCUCUGACUCCCCCAGCAGCUCGUCCUCCAGGUACACCAGCAUGCGGGCUUCCUCGCCCACCCCGUCCGCCUCGCACUCGUCCUCCUCGUCCCAGUUCUCCUCCUCGUCAGACGAGGAACUCGACGACGACAUGCUGGACGUCAAUCCGAGCCCGGGUUUUGACAGCAUGUCUCUGGGAAGCAUCGGCUCCUCGGUGCUGGACAGAGACUUUGACAUGCAUUUCGAAUCCGGGGCGUCUCAUUUCGAGUUCCCCGACUACUGCACCCCUGAGGUGAGUGAAAUGAUUUCAGGGGACUGGUUAGAGUCGACCAUUUCUAACUUGGUGUUCACGGCUCACGUGCUGAACUAGACAGAAAAGUUAGGCGUGAGGAUGGAAGAAUCUUUGAACAAAAAGGGAUUGCAGACGAGCAUGUUUGUAAAGUAAGCCACCAUGUGAGGGGUCCCGCCCGAAGCGCUGAUAAACAAAAGCGGUAAACGCUGACAGGAUGGAAAAGUGUCGCGAGAGGACUGAAGUCUUUUCCCCGCGCUUGGCACGAGGACGGAAUUCACGAGGAGUGACUGAGAUCCUACUGAGAAAAUAUGAAAACACGAUCUGAACUGGAAAACUGUGAUUGAUUUGCACGUAAAUCGAAGGCGGGCUUAUGUCCGUUUUAAUCAUUUUUACUUAAAAAAAAAAAAAAAAAAAAAAAAUGAAA